AUGCCGCUCUGUCUCACCUUCAUCGACUUGAAGAAGGCCAUCGACUCAGUUAAGACGGAAGCGGUCGUGGAAGCCUUGGACAACCAAGGCGUCCCUACUCAGUACAUAAAGGGUGACACAAUCUCACCCAAAAUAUUCACAGCCACCCUCGAGAACGCAAUGAGAAAGUUGGAAUGGGACGACAUGGGAGUGAAGGUCGACAGCUACACCAUUAGCGCUUUACUGAUGACAUUCUACUGA